AUGUGUUAUUAUUCUGUGUAUGCUCGACAUUUGAUGAACGUAAUUGCCACUGUAAAAAAACAUUCGGUAAUUUAUGUUAAUGGAGAGUUAAUAAUAACAGAUGAUUCUAAUUUAGUUCAUAUUCGAAAUAUUUCAUUCUCUGAAUAUCAGAGUUCAUUAGUAACUGCAAGAGAUACAAUUCAACUAUCAUGGGAAACUAAAAAUAAUGACGAAGAAAACAAAUUAAAUACUGUAGCUCAAACAAUCGCUACUAAAGUCAAGGGAAAUAAUCGUCGUAAAAAAAUUACACCUACUACUACACCAUAUUUCAGAACUAAACCUCGUUCUAUUCGUUUUAAGGUUACAGAUUUAGCGAAUAAUUUUUUAAAUGAGAAAUCUACUACAUCUGAACAAACCACUUCCUCGACUACUAAUUCAAAAUAG